CAUGUUGAUCUCCGACCAUCGUUCCCUUCGUCCUCGACGUACUUCCGAGAGCCUUGAUCUGAACGAUGCCAGCGCGACCAGACAGGCUGUUACAUGACGAACAAGUAAACUUUUCCCUGGCCCGUAAUAGGGCAAGCUCCCGCAGCGGCCCUCGAACCGCGGCAGCCCGGAGCCCCGGACUGACCCGCCAGGCAUGUGCUCCCCGCAAGGCCCAUAUAGCUCAUCCCAAACCUGGACAAACGGUCAGUUUCCCAGCCCGAUCGCAGCGAUCCAGUCCACAGCUCAAGCGGCGCGAUGCGAGCCCAUCGACGUGGUUCGCCCGACGCAUAGCUUGCGGCGUUCUACCUUCUCGACGCAGUUUCAUAUUCAUUGAAGGCGGUACGCCGAUUCGAUGCGGCGACACACUCAUCGAGGACGACACACUGAUCAAUGAACUCUACAUCCUGAUCACGACAGAUCGCCGCAGGAAUCGUAGGGAAGCUCGCCAGAAAGACACCGAUAUCGAAAGAACGCCAUCGAUGCAAACGAACGUUCUUCAUCUGCUGCGCAGGUUUGUGGGCGGUGCUGUUGGCAAUCGACGUCGUGAUGUAAGAGAGCGAGCUGAGGGCUUUACGCUCACGGUGGCGCACGAUGGCAAGCAACUUACGUCCUGAUUAGACCCAUCGAUGGGUUGUGCGUCGAUGAACUCGGCCUCAUCGGGUGGCUUGGUGAGUGUUAUUUGGACUCGACAGAUAGGCUGUAGCGACUCUGAAGAGCCGUCUACGGCCGACGGAAGAUUCCUGCAAACGCCACAAAGGUGCUGCCACUAAAUCAAGAAACCUUCACCACAGAAUGGUCACAAC